CUCCAGGUUGCCUUGAAGCGACUCAGGAGGGAGAGGAUGAACACAGGUACUCAGAGUUUCCUCAAAGAGGCAGCCAUCAUGCAAGACAUAGACCACGAGUAUAUUGUCCGGAUGUAUGGGGUUGUGCUGGACACUGAUGACAAUGUCAUGUUGGUAACAGAGCUGGCGCCACUGCGCUCCCUUCUGGAAUGUCUCAAAGACAUGACCCUGCGUGUGGACUUGCCAGUUCCUCGACUGUGCGACUAUGCCCAGCAGGUCUGUGACGGGAUGAGCUAUCUGGAGAGUAAACGGCUGGUCCACCGGGACCUGGCUGCCAGGAAUAUUCUUGUGUUCAGCAAGAACCAGGUAAAAAUUAGCGACCUUGGUCUGUCGAGACUCCUGGGGGCAGGACAGGAUUACUACCAGAGCAAGUUCAGCGUCAGUCUCAAAUUACCCAUUGCCUGGUGUGCCCCUGAAUGUAUCAACUACCUGAAGUUCACCUCAGCUUCUGAUGUCUGGUCGUAUGCGGUGAUGCUCUGGGAGUUUUUCACCUACGGCUUCCAGCCUUGGGCUGGCUUAAAUGGACAACAGAUUCUAGAGGCAAUAGACAGUGGACAGCAUCUAGAGCAGCCAGACUUGUGUACCACAGACAUAUAUAAGUUGAUGUUGGAGUGUUGGAGCAUUGAUCCUGAAGCCAGGCCCACUUUUGCAGACAUCCUGGUCCGACUUCCACAGCUGAGGCCCACCCAGGUGAAAGCUCUCAAGGACUACACCAGUGUUGCCACAGAGAAAGGGUAUAUCUCUUACAAGGCUGGGGAUAUUAUUGUUGUCAUUGACAAAAGCCCUCCCACAACCUCCCCUCCUGGCUUAGUCUGGAGGGGUGUCCUGGCCAACGGCAAGAGCGGACUUUUUGACCCCACAAAUGCUGUCCCAUUUAUUGAACCCAAGUUUAGUCCAGUGACAGCAAAAACUGCCUCUCUUGCCAGGAAAGAGUCCAACAGGAAAUCUGGCAGAAAGAUUAGAGCAGACAUGAUCAGCCACCCACAGAAUGAUCUCCGACACACCGGGCACAUCGGUUAUGAUGGUGCUGUGUUUGGGGAUGUUUCCUUUAUCGGGGACAACUAUGACAAGCUGCCUGUCAAAGUGGGAUCAGGUGGAGGUUCGAGCCGUGGUUCAUCUGUGAUGUCCCUGCCCCAUGCUGGGGACAGCCCUGACCACAAUGGCCAUGUUCGCCCUAGUGGCUCCCAGGACUCACUGGACAAUGACAGAAAUGGCUACAAGCAAACCUGGAUGAGCCAGGAGUCACUGAACAGCCACUCCACAUUUCACACUGACCAUGAUGGCAGACACAGCCCUCACUACCUGGAUGUGGAGGAUGAUUCACUCUUCUCCGACUUCAAGAUGCCAGAUUUGGGA